UGUCUGCACUCCACGUUCUGCAAGACAUGCACCACCGACUGGUACCCUUUUUCCUGCUCGUCGCCGGGAUGGCGGUCGCCGAGUUAGUGGCACCUCUGCUUUUCAAGACGUGUGCUGACGAUGAACACAACGUUGCGGAAUGUCGACGGCAGGCUCUACAGGAAGUGAUACCCCUACUGGCCACUGGAAUUCCAGAGAUCGGCGCUCCACCAAUCGACCCUGCGGAUCAGUUGGCGCCCCUGACGUGGCACACCAGCUCCAUAGGGCUCGACAUCACGUUCCGUCUGGACAACAGCCGCUUUAGCGGCCUGGGGAGCGCCGUCGUCGAUAGCCUUCAGGUGGAUUCCUUUAGCAAACGUAUCCGCAUUGUCGCUCACAGUGAUGGCAUUUACACGUUAGAAGGUGCAUACACUUUGGCCGCCCAUGUACUUGGCAUACCUUUGGAGGGCACUGGAAUCUUCAAGAGUGUGAUGGGUGGUGGCGCCGUGGACGUCACAUAUUCUGGACACCUUGAGAGCGGCCAGGGAGGACGGUCAUAUCUGAAGCUAGACACUGUCCAAGUCGCAUUGGCCUUAGGCAGGUCUCAGUAUGAGCUCACUGGUCUCUUUGGGGACUACCAGCCUCUAGUGCUCGCUGGUAAUAUGUUCAUCAACAACGUUGCAGCGAACGUAGUGGAACCGAAUUUGAAGCCAACGCUGGAAAAGUGGCUGGCCGAAGUGUUCCGCCAUUAUGCACAAGCCGUCUUCGAUACUGUACCCUACGACGAGCUGUUUCCAAAGACGCCCGCUUACAGAGGUUUCUACAGAGCGGUUUUCCCACACAAUUUUUGAUUUUCCUGCUGAUAUAGAACGCUUUAUAGUUUACUGGGCGCGUUCCUCCAGUUAACAGAUUAAAAUAACCAGCACCGCACUAACAAUUCAGUGGAUAUAAUAGCCUAGCAAUUUAAUAUUAAUACAACAGUGUGUUUGGGAUUCGUAUCUUCGAAGAAGCCAACAUUUACACAACAUGCACGUAGUUAGAUAAUAUUGUGAGCUUCCUAUAGUUCCAAGGUGAAAAUGUGCCAACUUCUAGGGUUCUUUCCUCCGUACCAGCAACUAGAGCAUUUACGUAGAAUGAGCAGUGAACAGUUGAGUGACGUAAUGUUGUACUUAAGAUAUUCAUCUUGCAUAUUCUAGUAAUGGGCUCAAAACCUUCGACUUAUCAUCCUGAUUUGGAUUUUCCGUGGUCUUCCUGAACCACAUUAGGCAAAUGACGGGAUGUGACAGUAACACGGCCACGCCAAUUGUUCCUCACACUUCUGUGAUUCAGUUCCUGUUCCAUUUCUAGCGCUGGUAAUUUCUAUGGGUCCUGAAAGUUAACCACACACCUAGAAUUAUAAGCAGUAGGGAAACCUACAGCUUUUCCUUCCGCUCUGACCAUUGUCACUAAAAUUAUCCAGAAGUCUUAGAACUUGUAAGGAAAUUUUACCCAUUGUUGAGAUAUCCCGUUGAUUCAUUUUGUUUAUUCAUUGUCUUAGCUUCACCACUUUGUGACCCUAGCUAUAGGCUUAUACUACAUGUUUUGUAGAGCACACGAGAUUAAAAAAAUGCGCGUAGUGAAAAUUGGAAAGAGAAAACUAUAUGAUACACUUUUAAGUAACUUAACUUUCUGCAGCUUACACAUUUAUGAUGUUGCCUAAUGAUCGGUUUGUCCAUCAAUUACUAAUUGAA